AUGGCGUCGGCAAAUGACGCUAUGGAUGCGGCAGUGGCAGCAGCCAACUCGGCAGUGGCAGCAGCCAAUCGCAUUGACGCAGUCGAAUUACAAUUGACCGGCAUCGCGCAACAACUUCAGCUAUUGCUCGGUGGCGGCGGUGGCGCUGGCGGAGGUGGCGCAGGCGGCGGUGGCGCUGGUGGCGGUGGCCCAGGCGGUGGCGCUGGCGGAGGUGGCCCAGGCGGCGGCGGUGGCGCAGGUGGAGGUGGCGGUGGAGCCGGUGGCGGUGGCGCUGGCGGUGGCGGGGCUUCCCAACGCCGUCGCAUCGACACCUCCUGUUUGGAAAAAUUGCACGGAGACGCGUCUCUGGCCCAGCUCCGCUCCUGGCGGAAUCGGUGGAAUGAUUUUUGCCACUUGAACCAAUUGAACGCCUACCCGGUGAAUGAGCAGAUGGCGGCAUUUCGGAUGGCGCUGGAUCCAGCCAUGCAGCAGGUAGUGGAGGUGGCUUUGGGCAUCCUUCCUACGUCGCCCUUAUCGCUUUCUGACGUCAUUGACCGCAUCACGGAUCACGUUCGAUCUAAGCGGAACAUCGCGUUGGACCGCGUGGCGUUUGACGAAUGCCGACAGCACACGUCCGAAUCCUUCGACGACUUCUACAUCCGCCUCCGGACGCUUGCGGACGCAGCCGACAUGCGUGCCGCGUGCUAG